GAAGGCUGUAAUCACGUCUCCAACAUGGCCACCGGGUGGGCGAUCUGCGGCGCGGGGAAGAUCAGUCAUGACUUUACUGUGGCCCUGAGGACUCUCCCGGCUGAACACCAUCGGGUCGUGGCCGUAGCAGCUCGAAAGCUGGAAGAUGCUCAGGAGUUUGCCAAAAAACACAACAUCCCACAAGCGUAUGGCAGCUAUGAGGAGCUGGCCAGGGAUCCAAACAUUGAUGUGGUGUACAUCGGCGUUAUCCACCCCUACCACCUGAAGACGUGUCUGAUGUUCACGAAUGCCAAGAAGAACGUGCUGUGUGAGAAGCCGCUGGGCAUGAACAGCAGGGAGGUGCAGCAGAUCCUGGCCUCCGCCAAGGAGAACAGUGUGUUUCUCAUGGAGGCGGUCUGGACCCGCUUCUUCCCGGCCUCGGUGGAGAUCAGACGGCUGCUUGGCCAGGGGGAGCUGGGCGACGUGAGGAUGAUCAGAGUGGAUUUUGGACAGUCGCUGUUACACAUCCCAAGAACAACACAGAAGGAGCUUGGCGGAGGAACGAUACUGGACCUCGGCAUUUACUGCCUGCAGUUCAUUUUCAUGGUGUACAACAGGGAGAAACCGGAGAGCAUCCAAGCCAGCGGGGUCCUUCUAGAGAACGGAGUGGAUGAGACUGUGAUCGUCACCAUGAAGUUCUCCCAGGGCCGAAUGGCGUCGCUCAUCUGCUCCUCUGGUUUAGCGAUGCCCAGUGAGGCUCUGAUAGUGGGAACAAAAGGCAGUAUCCGAAUUCCCAGCACAAUGUGGUGCCCCACUGUAUUAGAGGUGAACGGGAAGCGAACGGAGUACCCGCUGCCCGAGCCCGGCAUGGCGCUCAACUUCCCCAGCAGCACGGGGAUGCGCUACGAGGCUCAGGAGGUGCGGCAGUGUCUGCUCACAGGGCUGAAGGAGAGCCAAGUGAUGUCCCACGCUGACUCUCUCCUGCUGGCUGAGGUGGAGGAUGAGAUUCGUCGGCAGAUCGGAUCCGUCUACAGUCAGGACAAAGCGUAAAAUGAUAAAUAAAUAAAUGAGAAAUGAGAAAUAAAUGAUUAAAUGAUUGAGUUUAUUUUUCCAUUUGGAACAUUUCAGCAUAUUAUUGAGCAGAUGAUGAAUAAAGUUUAUUCUUGUAGACUUGG